AAUAGGAAAGCUGAGGCAAAUGUGCGUUAUGAAGUAUAAUGUGACACAAACCGAAAAAGUGACGCAAUUUUUCGGGAAAAUUGGUUCUCUUGUUUUAAUUUCAGUAGUUCAAAGCGAAUAUAUAUAAGACUGAAGCUUUUUCAACCUACUUCUGUUGAAAAGCAAUAACGGACUACAGCCGGAAAUCAAUUACCGCAAGAAGUUCCAGAAUGCUGAAGCCUCAAUUUCACAUUGGUUUUAUGGAACACAAUUUGUGAAUUGUGACAGAAUUCUGCUUGGAGAGACAUGUGGAUAAGAAGUUACGUACAUUGUCCCUUAUCUCAGGCAUCUUGAGCCCUCCUUCAGAUUCAAAUCACAAUUUUAAGAAUUUGGAUAUACCAUCAGGGUGACGCCAGAAAUAAUGUCAGAGACUAAUUAUCAAAGCAAUGAAGAACGAUCUGCUGAAGAAGAAGCCCCAAUAAAAGUAGAAGAAUUUUUACUAGUGGAAGAUAUUGCAUAUGUGAAAAUGGAAGAUCCAUGCAUACUGGCUUUCUGGCGCCAGACUGCAGAAGCCAUGGAGAACACAAAGACAGACAGUGAAGAUCUGGAACUAAAUUCUGGGCCAGAUGAGUGGGACAUGCACUGGAAAGAUUAUAGGAACUGUAGAAAAGGAGAACAACUGCAAAACAAUCUUCAUGGCAGGACUGGAGAGCUGGAUAUACGUCCAUGCUAUACAUGGCAAAUAACUAAGUGGCUUGUCUCUGAAAAACCAGUUGACGGUUGUCAGGCAGAUAGUGCAGGCAAUACUUCAAGCCCAGAAUCAGCCAUAAGUAAGUGGUAUGGAUGGAGUAAAGAUGAACAAAGUCACUGGCCAAGAGAAAUUACUGAUUCUAUCAAAUUUCUUGAAAACAGAAUACCAGAUACACAUUGUCACCAUUGUUCUGAAGACUUCUCUGAAAAGGAUGAUUUGUUAAGGCAUAUAAAUGAGGAGCACCUAGAAGAAGAUGUUGGCUAUUUCCAAUGCAGCAAAUGCUUUACUUCAUUUGAUAGUAAGAAUAAUAUAAUAAAUCAUCUGCAGAAUAUAAACAACAUGUGUAGACUCUGUUCAGAAUACUUUUGUAGUGCUUCAGAUCUUCAGACACACUAUCAAGAUCAUGAGAGAAUGUACAGGUAUACUUGUGAUCAUUGUAAAAGUAGGUUCCAUAAUGAGGUUCAGUAUCAGCAACAUGCACUAUUACACAAAGGAAAUAAGAUUGAUGGUAGUAGUCUUCAUAAAAGAAAACAUAAUAGGAGCUAUAAGAAAUCCACAAAAAAGCGACGAUCUAUAAAAAGGCCAUAUGAGUGUGUCCUUUGUCCAAAGACAUAUGCUUAUAAGCAUUCUCUUGAAGUUCACAUACAGAAACACAACCAAGAAAAAAUACUCAAAUGUAAUUUUUGCCCUUCUACAUUUUACAGUAAGCAUUCCUUCAUUGACCAUAUGAGUAUGACACAUCCUGCUAGGAACUCCUCUUUAACUGAAAAAUUCAGUAUUGUCUCAUCUUAUGGAGCUCAAAGUAAAAAGGAUUUAGGUAGCGAUGUAUCUACCUGAGGUAACUCCAAUUGUAUAACAAAACUAGUAUAUUUUCACCACUACCAUCAGUGUACAUGAACUCAGAUGUAUGUAUACACACAUACAUAAGUGUGGGAUAAUUGUAGGCCUUAGUCUGUAAUUAAUACCUGAAAAAAAGUGUGCAGUCAGUAUAUGUGAGCAACAUAUAACAUUCGUUUUAGUUAAUGACAUUCUUUAAAGAAGAUGUGAAAAUUGAUAUUACCUGAUAAAAUGCAAAGAAACAUUCUGUAAAUUGUGUGAAAAUUUCAGCUUUUCAAAUAUUUCCUGUUGUAAUAAAAGGAAGAAGGAUUUUGUCUUUGAAA